GAUAUAAUUUUCCAAUUAAGCUAUUUCGCGUCUUUAUAAAGAUUCUAUUUCGGGGAAUUCCAACUUCACGGUACAAACAGUAGCAUGCGAAAUUACAACGAUAAUAUUAGUUCGCUGUAUCCAAAGCACGUGUACAAUACAGAUCCCGAUCGCAACAAUAUAACCCGGAACCUUAAAACUAACCUUAAACACGAACUUAACACUAAUAACAGAAAAAGGGAUAGAAUUAAGAAGACAGAAAAAAAGGUAGAUAAGAUAGAAAUACGGAUAUCUGGAGUUUUGUCCCUUUUUUCGGCUUGUUUCUUUAUGCGUACUGUUGGGUGGGAUAACACACGUCCUUCUCCUAUAACUGGCCAGUUCUCUUCUUCAAUAAUUAGGAUUUUUCCUUUCACAGUCCUCAAUACGACCUUAAAACAGGAACUUUUUUCUGAACUUAUUUCCGAACUAUCCGGUCAUUAAAAAUACGACUCCCAGUAUUCUCACUUCGUCCGUACACUCUGCCGUCCGGUUUACGAAUGACCUGCUACGUCACUUCUCUUUUUUCUCCGGCUUCUGUUUACACCUUUGCUCCUCAAAUUUCUAGGAACUGCUCAUCCCACCCAAGGGACAGGGAAUAGAUAAGAAAGUUCUAGAAGAAAAUAGAACAAUAGAACAAAGGGUAGAAAGAAGAAACGAAACUAAACUAAAAUUAAUAUUUACAAAAAUAUAGCGUACCGCCACAAUAGUUUAGUGCAGUGUUUCCCAACCUUUUUUGUGCUAUGCCCCACUUAAGCCUUUCUAAAAUUCUUAUGUCUCCCUAACAUAUACAACGGCUAUACGGUUAACUUAAACUCUGGACAAGUCCAUUUUCGAAUUGUCCUUUUUAGCAAUCCAAUUGCCCCCUGUGGGGCCCACGCCCCACGUUGGGAAACACUGGUUUGUGGCUAGUGUGACACGGGAUAGCGUAGGUUACGUUUGUGUUUUUGGAGAGUGUUGAAUUAAAUUAAAAACAAUGUCGACAAAAAAGUUUAGUAGUAUAAUAUGGAAAUAUUUUACGAUAGUAAAUGACGAAUGUGCUAAAUGUAAAAUUUGUGAAGGAAAGUAUUCCCGUAAGGGUAAAGGUACAACAUCGUUAAAAAAUCACCUCCAGAGGAAACAUCCACAAGAAUAUGCUUUAUUCUUAAAAGAAGACUCCGCUAAGAAGAGUGCCGACGAAAACGUUCAACAGGGAACAUCUUUACAAACGGUAAAAAGAGAAUUUAGACAAACAUUUUUUAACGAAUACAUAGAAAAACUCAAAAUGUGGGAUAAUACAAACCCCAAAUCAAUAAAAAUUGACUAUUUAAUUGCAGAAAUGAUAGCUUUAUCUGAUUUACCUUUUCAACACAUAGAAGGAUUGGGGUUCCGACGAUUGUUGAAUCAUGUUGUUCCAAAUUAUGUUCUAAAAGGCAGGAAAUAUUUUACGGAACUUGUUUGCAGCGAACUUUACGAUAAAGUGUCAUCGAAAAUAAAGAUCAUGUUGAAGGAUUUUGAGAAAGUUUCCUUUACAUCAGAUAUCUGGUCAGAUUCUUCGUCAGGAGUUUCAUUAUUAUCCUUAACAUGUCAUGGUAUUACAAAAGAUUUUAUAAGAAAAAAUAUCGUUUUGAAAGCGGAGAUUCUUGACGAACGCCACACGGGAGAUUACAUUUCGGCAAUAUUUCAAUGUAUGCUCGAAGAGUGGGGAAUCCCAAAACAGAAUGUGCACUGCAUAGUAAGAGAUGGGGGAUCCAACAUGAAGCGUGCCUGCACUUUAUCUGACAUAAAUAAUAUUGACUGUACAGCACAUCAGCUGCAUCUGGUGGUCAAAGAAGCUAUUAAAAAUGUUGAUGCAAUAUCCAUGUUACUUACAAAAUGCAGAAAAAUUGCAGGACAUUUCAACCAUUCUACAAUGGCAAAGCAAGAAUUAGAAAAAAUACAAGUUCGACUCAAUCAAAGAGUUUUAAAAGUUUUGCAAGACUCGCUGACACGCUGGAAUUCCAGCUAUUAUAUGUUGGAAAAACUUGAUUGCAUUAAGGAUUCGUUGUCGCUUUAUUCUACUAAUAAUAAAAUAGUACAGUUUGAUGCCGAAAAGUGGAUUUUAAUUCAAGAAUUUGUGAGAGUACUGAAGCAUCUGGAAGAUACCACAAAAAAAUUGAGCGCACAAAACAUAUGUAUAUCCGACGUUAUUCCUCUAGUACGAGCAUUAAAUAAAUUGUAUGACGAGAUUCAAAUUUCUGCUAAUAGUGGGGAAACUCUCAACAUCAGCACACCUGCCGUUCUUGAUUUUUUGUCUUCUUUGAAGAAUGAAUUAGAUUAUCGUUUUUCUGAAAUCGACAAAAAUAUAUUGUUCCAAAUAGCAACAUUUUUAGAUCCACGUUACAAAGGUAAAUUUUUCAGUGAUUUUCUUAUCAAAGAUAUAAAACAGAAACUACUUACAGCUUUAGAAACAGAAGUAAAUAUCACAACAACUACAACUAGCACAGAAAAAUCAAAUGCUGUAAGAAAAGAAUAUUGCAACAAUUUAGAAGACUCUAUGGCUAAUAUGUUAGAUAGUGACGAUGAAGAUGAGGAAUCUGAAAACCAAAUAUCAUACACUAAUGCUAAUUUGCUCACAGAAUAUGCCAAAGAAAAAAGAUUAUCAAGAGACCAAGAUCCAUUAAAGUAUUGGGAGAUUAAUAGUAAAAAAUUUGGAGGUCUUAGUCACAUGGCUCGCACAUAUUUAUCAUCACCUGCAACAAGCGUUCCAAGUGAGCAGUUUUUCAGUGCAGCAGGAAUUAUUUACGAUCCUCAUCGUAAUAGACUUUUGGGGGAUAAAGCUGCCAAGUUACUCUUUUUGAAGUACAAUUUACCAUUAAUUAAUUUUGAUUAUGACAUUUAAUUUUUUUGAAGUUUCUAAAAUUGUGAUUAUUUUAUCUGAUAAUUUGAUAAUUAAAAUUCUUUGAUAAUUAUUAUAAUAUAAUAUAACCGUGAUGAUUAUUUCAAUUAGCAUUAGAGGUUUGAUCUCACUAUAAAGAUAGUUAAAUUAAUACCUUAUACUGGUAAC